AUGACAACACCAGAUUUAUCAGACCCAGAGAUUAUGCAACACAUUAAAGCUGUUCAAGAUGGCAGUGAGAGAUGGAUGUGUUUGGGAUACGUACCAAAGAGCAUGAACAAGAUCAAGUUUUAUGAGAGUGGAAAUGGUGGCCUCGAAGAAUUGCGUGAAGAGUUGUCAGACUCUUCGAUUCGUUAUGCUUACAUUCGUUACGAGAUUAACAACAUGAACAAGUUUGUCUACAUUGCCUAUUGUGGUGACGGUGUCAACGGUCCCAUCAAGGGAAGCUUUAGUGGUCACGCCAUCGAGAUUGGUCGUAUUCUCAAACCACUCCAUCACCAAGUCAACGCUCGUAACGAAGAUGAUGUCGAUGAGAAAUCGAUUAUCAGUGCUUUGAACAAGGCUACUGGUGCCUCGUACGACUCUGGUGCCAAGGUGCAAGGUUCGUCCAAGAUCAAUGUACCAACCUCUGUGUCACAGGGUAGAACUGCUGCCACUCAAUCCAACGUCUCGCAAAAGACAUUUGACAAGACCGAUUACAACAAAAAGGAUGAGUCGGCUCAAUACUGGAAGAGCAACUCUGCACCUGCCACCAAGGAACCUGCCCGUCCCGACCGUUCCGAGUACAACAUCACCACUGAACGUGAGAACUAUUGGAAGGAUAAUGCUACCGCUCCCAAGACAUCUGCCCCCAUCUCAUCGUCCUCGACUACAUCGGCACCUCCCUCACGUACCAUUACCAAUCGUUUCCAACAAAUGACAGCUGCUCCCCAAACAGAGCCAGUCAAACCACCCCCACCAAGAACUACCGGAAAUGUUGCCAACCGUUUCCAACCACAACAACAACAAGCUCCAGCUGCACCAACUCCAGCUCCCAAGCCAAAGGUUGCUCCCAAGCCACCAGUCGUCGUUCGUCAACCAGAACCAGAACCUGAACCAGUCUAUGAAGAACAACAAGAACAACAAUAUGAUCAAGGUUACGAUCAACAGGAACAACAAUAUGAUCAAGGUUAUGACCAACAACAAGAGCAACAAUAUGAUCAAGGUUACGAUCAACAACAAGAACAAUCAUAUGACCAAGGUUACGAUCAACAAGAACAACAUUAUGAUGAAUCACAACAACACUAUGACGAUCAACAACAAGGUUACGAUCAACACCAAGAACAAGCCUAUGAUGACCAACAACAACACUAUGAUGAUCAACAACAACAAGGUUAUGAUCAACACCAAGAGCAAGCCUAUGAUGAAUCACAACAACAAUAUGAUGAUCAACAAGGUUACGAACAAAGUGAUUACCCAUAUGCCACUGCUCUCUAUGCCUACCAAGGUGAAAAUGAAGGUGAUCUUUCUUUUGCUGAAGGUGAUUCUAUCAAGGUUCUCGAUCAAUCCGAUCCAUCUGGAUGGUGGCAAGGAGAGCUCAAUGGAGCUGUUGAUACUAUUAUCGAAGGGGGUCAGAAUGUGCCUCGAUCGAGAAAGAGAGAAAUGAAUAAUGUUGAAAAAGUACAUCGGCCCCAUGAUCAAUUAACUGACAAAAAGAAUACAACUAAUAAUUCAUUAAUGAUUGAAUAUCUUUAUCAGGCAGUCUCUAAUACUGCAGAUGACAAUACUACAUUAACUUCAUCAUUGUUGGAUGAUGAAUGUAAUAGACCAUAUACCGAUAAUUUUGCAACCGACAAGUUGAUGUAUUCAUUUUGGGGAAUUAGAACCUUUUUUUAUGCAUUAUUCUUUUUAAUUAAUUUUGGUCAAGUAUAUCUUGAAAUUAGAGAAAAGGGUAGAAAGCUAUCAACUAGAUUAUUGGUAUUUACAUUUCAAGGAACCUUUUGUUUAUGCAGAGUGAUUGGAGAUAUUGUACAUUAUAAUCAACCAUGUGAAUAUAGAGUUGGAAGUUGGUGGUAUUUUUGUUUCUCUUGGGGAACAUUCUUUUUAAUUUGUUCAUGGAUAUUUAUAACAGAAUUUUGGACAAAGAUGUUGUAUACAUUUUAUAUUGCCGAUGAUAUUCAUUUUGAAAAUACAUCCAAGGUUAGAAAAUUCUUUAUUUUCUUGAUAACCAUAUUCUUUUGUUGGGAGGUUUCAGUGACUGUUCUGUGUGUCAGUACACAUGAGGAUUGGAGUUUGUUAGAGGGUAUUGGAUUCUUGGUAUAUAUGAUUUCAUUUGGAUCGGCAGUGGCAGUAAAUGGAGUUGGGUUUGUUAAAGCACUCAAACAAAGUUCACAAAAAUCAUCAACCUUUGGUCGUACCAUUAGAAACACCAAGAUAUUAUUGGUUACGGCUGCAGCAAUCGUUUUAAUGACUCUUGCCCAUGACAUUGCAUUUGUCUUUGUCCUAGACCAACACACCUAUAAAUACUUUCCAUCAGAGGUUAGUAUCACAUUUGUCAUUGAUGGAGGUCAAAUGAUAAUUGUACUCUAUUGUCUCGCCGGUGGAAAGUUUAAAAAUUAUUUCCUAUUUAAACGUACUCAUAUUGAAAAAUCAAAUUCAUCAUCAAAAGAUUUAUCAAAUAAUAAAAGAGGAGGUGGAGGAGGGUCAGGUACAGGAAAUAUUUCAAUAACUAUUUCCAAACAACAAGAAUCUGUGGCUCCAUUUGACGGAAACUCUAAUGUUUUUAUUGAAAUGGAUGACUCAAAUUCAAAACAACAAAUAAUUGAAAAUAAUAAUAAUAGUAAUAAUAAUAGUAAAAGAAUGGAAGAAGAAAUCAAUCAACUUGAAGUUGAUUCUUCAACUUCUAAUGGUGAUAGUAAUUAA